AUGCAUCACUAUCGCCUCUCGCCGCACUGCUGGGCGACACUUUACCUCCUCUGCGGCUGUGGCACCGCCGAAAAGGUUGAGGACUGCCAGGCCACGGGCAGGUCUUUGAUCCAGAGUAAAGUCACUUCGAGAUGGACCCGGGACUGUGCAGAGUUGGUCCGAGAUGACUGCAGCUUUCAGACGGAAGAAGGGAACAGCUUCCUCUGCAAAAUCGAGCAUGGCUCCCGGCUGAUGUAUACGACUUGGAUACGGCCCGGGUCUUCCGUCCUGGAAGUUGGAGCACGGUAUGGUCAAACGACCUGCUUGCUCUCCAAGCUCCUACAGCCAGACUCUACCGGCGCCAGGUUGCACGCCUCUGAUGCUGACCCCCAAGUCUGGGAUGUACUGGAAGGGAACCUUUAUCAGCACGGCUGCCAUGCGACAGUGGUUCGCGGCCCUGUUGGGACGAGCAGCCUAAAGUUCGAGCUCCACAACUACGGCAGUCGCACAAUAAGCCUCGAUGACCCUCGGCCGGGCGUGGUGGUUCCUGCGCAUAGCCUCCGGUCUCUGAACGCAACGUUUGACACUCUGGCCAUUGACUGUGAGGGCUGCUUUGGUAGCUUCCUCGAGGAGAAUCCCGAUCUACUGGAGAAACUGUCCAU